AAGUAUGGAUUUAUCUAUGACAUAAAAUGUCGUUCAAAUUUGUCUUGAUAAAAUAAAAAUAUAUUUAUGCUAUUACAUUAUCUGUUUUAUAAGUAUUUAUUUCUAGGAUAAUUUUUCUCCUAAAAAACCAAAAAAAUGACGUAGUAAUGUAUAAUGUUUGGAUAGGUCUUAUUUAAUUAGGUUAAAUUUAAUGAGUACCGUUCUGUUAUAAAGUAAUUCUAAAGUUCAUACUUUAGAUUAACCCAGUACCAAUUUAACAGUAAUUGUAACAGAAAUAUGAAUCAUCUUUUUAAACCAGUAGUUGGUGAAAUGUGUUGAUGAGAUGAUUUCAAAUUAUGGCUAAAUCUACAUUCAGUAAAGUCGAUGAAUAUGGUUUUGAACGUCCAGAUAAUUUUAAUUAUGAUAUAUACGAACAAUUCAUGUCUCAGUAUAUAAGAACUCUUACGAGAAGAGCACAGAGAUGGAGUACAUUUAAAGGUGAUAUUUACCAAAAAUCGAGUACGUUGAAAAGGUUUAUAAGAAAGGGAAUUCCGAGUGAUCGUCGUACUUCUGUCUGGAUGCGAAUAUCUGGUGCAGAAAAUCUAAAAAACUCCAGUGAAUUGUCUUAUAGUGCUCUAAGAAAAAAAAUCAAUAACCAACACAUCAUCGAUACGAUACAAAUAGAUCUGCCAAGGACAUUCCCUGAAAAUAUUUACUUCAGUAACCACGAGUAUCUGCCGAAAGAGUUAUUUAAUGUUUUGGCUACUUUUGCCCACCAAAACCAAGAAGUUGGUUAUUGCCAGGGGCUUAAUUACAUAGCGGGGCUUCUUUUGCUCGCCACCAAAGACGAAGAAGCGACUUUUUGGUUAUUGAAAGCAUUAGUGGAAAAAAUUCUACCUCAAUACUAUAUAGUUACAAUGACUGGGCUUUUAAUUGAUCUCGAUGUUUUAGAUGAACUAGUUUCAAAUUUUGAGCCGUUAGUUCAUGCCCAUAUACAUAAUAUCGGUAUGCCUUGGGCUAUGGGGACUACAAAAUGGUUCAUUUGUUUAUAUUCCGAGGUACUGCCUACAGAGACUGUGUUCAGAAUAUGGGAUUGUUUGUUCAACGAAGGAUCAAAGAUCAUUUUUCGAGUGGCAAUUGCGUUAAUUAGAUUGCACAGGGACAAAAUUUUACGGACAAGUGAAUUGGGUGAAUUGAUCGGGUGUUUUAGAGACAUGAGAAACCACGAAUCUGUGAUCAAUUGUCAUAUAUUUAUGCAAGAAGUAUUUAAACUUUCUGGAAAUUUAUCGAAUUCCACUAUUUCUAGAUUAAGAACAAAAUAUAGGAUUAAACAAAUAAAGAAUUGAAUUUUUUCAAAUAUUUCACGCACACUACUCUAGUCUAUAUCACGUAAUUUAUUGUUAAGACUUUUUUUUAUAUAUAUAUAUGUACAAUUCAUUAAACUAUUUCAAUUC